CCGCGCUUCUCUGGACACCUGCUGCCUGCGACGGUCCUGCGGCGCGGGGCGCUCCCUCGCGGGUCGCGCGGCUCGGAGGGGAAAGGCAGGGGGCGGUCGCACCCCCGGCCUCCGACGGGACCUCGCUUCGUGCGCCGGAGCUUUUGAUUUCCUCCCCUACCCCACCCCCCCUCUCCGCAGGGUGAGAUGAGCGCGGACGCGGCGGCCGGGACGCCCUUGCCCCGGCUCUGCUGCCUGGAGAAAGGUCCGAACGGUUACGGGUUCCAUCUGCACGGGGAGAAGGGCAAGGUGGGCCAGUUUAUCCGGCUGGUGGAGCCGGGCUCUCCGGCCGAGAAGGCGGGGCUGCUGGCCGGGGACCGGCUGGUGGAGGUGAACGGCGAGAACGUGGAGAAGGAGACCCACCAGCAGGUGGUGACCCGCAUCCGCGCCGCGCACAACGCCGUGCGCCUGCUCGUGGUGGACCCCGACACGGACGAGCAGCUGAAGAAGCUCGGCGUCCAGGUCGGGGAGGAGCUGCUGCGGGCCCACGAAGGGCCGGGGAAGGCCGAGCCGCCGCCCGCCGCCGAGACCGGGGAGGCUGGCCACGAAGAGGAGCCGCGCGAAGCCGGCCAGAGCCCAGCGGAGCGGCGCGAGCUCCGACCUCGGCUCUGCAACAUGAAGAGGGGCGCCAAUGGCUAUGGCUUCAACCUACACAGUGAUAAGUCCCGACCAGGCCAGUUCAUCCGGGCAGUGGACCCAGACUCACCAGCUGAGGCCUCCGGGCUCCGGGCCCAGGACCGCAUUGUGGAGGUCAAUGGCGUCUGUAUGGAGGGCAGGCAGCAUGGGGAUGUGGUGUCUGCCAUCAAGGCUGGAGGAGACGAGGCCAAGCUGCUGGUGGUGGACCAGGAGACAGACGAGUUCUUCAAGAAGUGCAAAGUGAUCCCAUCUCAGGAGCACCUGUAUGGCCCCUUGCCUGAGCCUGUCACCAACGGGGAGAUACAGAAGGAGAACAGUCGUGAAGCCCUGGUGGAGGCAGCUUCAGAGAGCCCCAGGCCAGCCCUGGCAAGAUCUGCCUCCAGCGAUACUAGUGAGGAGCUAAAUUCCCAAGAUAGCCCCAAAAGACAGGAUUCCACAGAGCCCUCAUCUACCUCCUCCUCUUCUGACCCCAUUUUGGACUUCAACAUCUCCCUGGCUGUGGCAAAAGAGAGGGCUCACCAAAAGCGCAGCAGCAAGCGAGCCCCGCAGAUGGACUGGAGCAAGAAAAACGAACUCUUUAGCAACCUCUGAGCACCCAGCCGCCCUGCACCCUAGCUCCCUUCCUUCCCAGCAGCCCGCCAAUCGACGUUCCAAAUCAGCACCAAGUCUCCCUCCGUGAUGAAUCUCUUUUUUUUCUAGAAACUGUUCCUCUCCCAGUCAAAAACCAGACUGAUCCCCACUCGUCCCUGAGGACUUCAUCCUGCCAAGUGUUCCCUUGACACCGUGCCUGGGAUGCCACUAGGACCUGCACAAGCAAGGAUCGCGGGCGUGGCACAGUCGCCUUCCCUCAGCCCACUAUGGGCUGACCAGGAGCGACUGCAGCAGCCCCACUCGUGGUGCCCAGCUGCCCAGCCUUCUGGAGCCGUGACUUGGCCAUCUUUGGUUCACUUGAUUUUUUUUUUUUUUAAUUAGAGGGAUUCUUAUAUCUGUGAUUCUCUUGAUUUUCCUCAUUGUUGCACCCAGGGCAUGGCAGUGGCCUCAGCCUUAAAUGUUUGUUUCUGCUCCCACCACCCUGAGAUACCCAAGCAGCAUGGGGAGGGCCUGGCUGCUCCGCCAGUCCUGAGCCAGGCACCACCACUGUAAAGAAACACCUUCAGAAAUUCAUUGGUUUCUCCAAACUA